UUUGGCAGGCAGGAGCAGCCCCGCGGCCGCGCGCCUUCGCCCGUCCUGCCGGGAGGAUGGCAGCGCCGGCGCCGCCGGAGCCCAGCCGCCGGAUCCGCCCGUUCCUGCGCGGGCUGUAGGGAGGUUGUGAAUGCAGAUUUAAAGAUCCAAACUGGACCAGCCUGAACAACUGUGUGUCAAGGAAAAGCCAAAUAAAUGCAGUACCAGAUUUGCAGCACCUGGCACCAUCACUGCAGAAAGCAGAAAAUUUAACUAAAACUGAAGGGCUUCAGAAGAAAGUGCAGCUCCUGACAUUUAUGCUGCAGGGGAGCAAUGGGAUUACGCAGGAAAGCAAGAGGUAUUUGGCAGAUCUGACCACCCUGUGAAGAAGGGACGCGUCUCAUUCGUAGCAGUAAUGUGCAACUACAUAAUCUUGGGAAGGGGGAGUGUCAUGAAAUCGACUGAAGUGAUUGUCUGUUUGUGGUUGUUCCAAAUAGCUUUGCAACCCCUCUGGGACUGAAAUACUUAGUUGGCAUCCAUAGGGCCACAUCAUACAUUGGACAGUGUUAUUUUUUUUAAUUGCCCUGCUCCCAGAGGCUACACCUGGCACAAAAUUAAGAUACUGCAGCUCUUUUUUUGCAGGCAGGCAGAGAGAGGGGUGGGGGGGCCAGAAAGAAAACCUCAGAAUCUCCCCUUCUGCUAGUCUCUGCUGUACCAUGGGAUGUAGGCAAAGCUCUGAGGAGAAAGAGGCAGCGCGGCGGUCGCGAAGGAUUGACCGCCACCUGCGCUCUGAGAGUCAGCGGCAACGGCGUGAGAUCAAGCUCUUACUUCUCGGCACUAGCAAUUCUGGCAAAAGCACCAUUGUCAAGCAAAUGAAAAUUAUCCACAGUGGUGGCUUUAAUUUGGAGGCUUGCAAGGAGUACAAGCCUCUGAUUAUCUAUAAUGCCAUCGACUCCCUCACACGCAUCAUUCGGGCUCUGGCCACCCUUAAAAUAGAGUUUCACAAUCCUGACAGAGCCUACGAUGCGGUGCAGCUUUUUGCCUUGACAGGCCCUGCUGAAAGCAAGGGCGAGAUCACACCUGAGCUGCUUGGUGUCAUGAAAAGGCUCUGGGCUGACCCUGGUGUGCAAGAGUGUUUCUGUCGCUCCAACGAGUACCAUCUAGAGGACAAUGCUGCCUACUACUUGAAUGACCUGGAAAGGAUUGCUGCAUUGGACUAUAUUCCUACGGUUGAAGAUAUUCUGCGCUCUCGGGACAUGACGACAGGGAUCGUGGAAAAUAAGUUUACCUUCAAAGAGCUGACUUUCAAAAUGGUGGAUGUGGGUGGGCAGAGGUCUGAGCGCAAAAAAUGGAUCCAUUGUUUCGAGGGGGUUACAGCAAUAAUUUUUUGCGUGGAACUGAGCGGAUACGACUUGAAACUGUAUGAAGAUAACCAAACGAGCCGAAUGGCAGAGAGUCUCCGCCUUUUUGACUCCAUUUGCAACAACAACUGGUUUAUCAACACCUCCCUCAUCCUCUUCCUGAAUAAGAAAGAUCUACUGGCUGAAAAAAUUCGCCGCAUCCCGCUAACAGUUUGUUUUCCUGAGUACAAAGGCCAAAACACUUAUGAGGAGGCAGCUGUCUAUAUCCAACGGCAGUUUGAGGACUUGAAUCGCAACAAGGAGACCAAGGAGAUCUAUUCGCAUUUCACUUGUGCUACCGAUACCAGUAAUAUCCAGUUUGUUUUUGAUGCGGUGACAGAUGUCAUCAUCCAGAACAAUCUCAAGUACAUUGGCCUUUGCUAGGGAGCCAUGCCAACAAGUUUGGUUUCUCAUGGUGAUGCAAACGGGGCUAACUGCCUGUACUCACAAUGGAAAUGCCAGGGCAGUGUUUGGAAGACCCAGUCGUGGAAGGGAGAAAUAUGAAGUAUGUUCACAGAUCCCUUCAGCUGCCUACACACAUUUUUUUACAAAAAAAAAAUUAAAUGUUUCAGAAUGUGCAAGGCCUCCCUAAAAGGUGAGGUUUAAAACUGUAUGGAAAAGUUUUCACUACUAUCACCAUACCACUGGUUCAUUCUGUGUGUUUAAUUUAUUUUUCCUAAGGUGGUAGAGCCUACCCUAUUCUGUGUAAAAGACAGAUCAUUGUCUUUGCUGCUCUAGAAACCAUUUAAUGUCAGGAAAAUGCAGAGCUGGUUGAGUGGAAGAGAGGGCUUAUAUUGUGGUUCUUUUUCUCCUAAGAGGCUAGGGAACUGACAUCUGAAAUUACUGAUCCUUAACCACCUCCUGAUUCACUGUCAGUAGAGGCAUAUACACGUAGAUCAUGUAUACAAAAGAAAAACCAUUUGCAGCAAAUACAAAGUGCACAAUAAGUACACAAGUUGUCUUUGCAUCAUAGUGAAUCAUGAAUAUUCUGCCUAUUGGAGGAGUUGAUAGUGCAGAAGAGUUCUGUGACUAUCCAAACCAUAGCUCUUUCUGCUAUUCAGACCUUCAGAAUAUGCAGCAAAAAAAAAAGAUAAAUGAAAGGAAUUAUUAAAUAAAGACUAGGCUAAAUUGUGGUCAGUGUUUCUUCUACCAGUGAGGAAUUUUAUACAUCAAAAGUCUUCUUUUACAUCCUUUUUUUGCCAAAUAAUUGUGCUGUUUCAUGAAAACUCAAAAAGUUUAAUAAGUGGUUGGGUGUUUUUUUUUAAAUACAAAUAUAUACAUAUAUAUAAAAGACAUUUUGGAAAAAAUAUUGUUUUGUGUCUGGAUUUAUGAGUGUGCCAAUGGACAAAUCUAUUAUGUUGCUCCAAGGAAAUUCUGAGAAGUAUGGCAACAUUUACAACAGCCUUUCCAAAAACAGGAGCCAAUUAAACUGUACCAUAUAGCCUUUUUUGGUGUUUUUUAUUUUAAAACAAUGUGCUGUAAUUACUAGGUGAACAGAUGAGUGAUAUGAACAAUACCUAAAUGUCUUGAUAUUUAAAUUUUUAAAAUUCAAAAUGAAGUUUAGUGAAAUUAAAGAAGUUGAAGCAAUGCAUUCUUCGGCUUCCUUUCAUCCUGUAUAAAAAUAAUACUGGAUGGUGUAUUAUUCUAGCAAAUUUUCAGGCAACUUUCAGUGCCCAAGAAACUCUGUGUGAGAACUAUAUGUUCUCACACAGAUAUGUUGCCAUUGGUUAUACUACUUUCCCCUUUUUCCUCUGACCCCAUGCAAAAGGUGUCUUACAGAAUUCAUCAUAAACUAAGUGUGUAAAUAUAUGUUCAAGAAUUGUAAAGCACAUAAAUGCGCUCACACUUUCUGUCACAUACACGCAUAGCAAGAAUUCAGGGAGAAUCUUCUUCUCCCUCCCUCUGUUUCCCACUUGUAUGAAGAUUAGUGCGAAUUCUCAGCCAAGGGCUCUAAGAAAAAUAUAGAAGAAACAAUGAAUGAAAAUACAGUUACAGGCUGUUCACUUCAAGAAAAUAAAU